AUAGCUGAGUUACCAGUCGGUUUAGUUUUUAUAUAUCGUGGCACAUGUUUCGAAGGUCGGGUCAGAACAACUGAAAUUUCGUGCAAAUAUAAAUAGUUUCAAGAAUAAUUCGCUAUUGUAUCUAUUCGCUAGAAGCGAAGCAGGUGUUGACUUUGUGGGAAUUCAUUACGAAUAGUAAAUGUGUGUGUUUGAAAAUUUGGUUUUAGCAAUACGUGUAAAUAAAAGUGAAGUGUCAGUCAGUGUGUUUUUACAAUUGAUUAAAGGUGUUUCAUCAUUAACAAGACAACGGCUCACUGUUGAGCACGAGACUCCUCUCAGAAUGAGAGAGGUUAGGUUCCGCCACGCUGGCCCAAUGCGGAUUUUCAGACUUCACAAACGUAGACGAUUAAAAAAAUCCUCAGAUAUGCAGGUUACUCAGGUGCAUGGAUAUGAAGAAAGCAUUCGGCGGUGCGAUCCUGUUCGUAGCGGUGUGCUGUUGCAUUUGGCUGCUGAUCACUCUCUCUACUCUCAGAGAAGGUGACAGCUGCGAAGUCAACGGAGUCAGGGGGACUUGCAAGGACAUCAGGGCCUGUCCGUCCGUGGACGAUCUCAUCAUAGCGAACACUUUAUGUUCGUUCAGCCGGGGGCAGAUAGUCGUCUGCUGCAAGGACCAGCCUGUUGAGAAGGUGGUUCCGGUAGUGAGGAUGAUGGAGGAGAACCAUUCCAUAUCAGCAGAGAUAGUGUCAGAGAGCGACAGCUGCGAUCCAAUCUCUCACGUGGUGGUGAAUGUCUCUACUGCUUUAGCGAAGUGCGUGCAGUACCAGGAGGCGCUGGUGUACCCCUGCAUGCAGGGGGUCGUGGGGCCUGCGCGCGAGCCCCGCUGCAACUGGAUGCCCCAGGCGCUCGUCAGCGAAGGCCAGAACGCGAGCCCCGGGGAGUUCCCUCACAUGGCACUGCUCGGCUACGGACGCGGGGUGACGGAGUGGCUGUGCGGAGCCACCAUCAUCAGCGAGCUCUUCGUGCUGACCGCUGCGCACUGCACGUACAGUGCUAAGAGUGGUCCAGUGACGAAAAUCAAAAUUGGCAUACAUGAGCGAUCGGGUAAAGCGCUGAGCCCGCGCAAGUUGUACGGGGUGAGCCAGAUACACGUGUAUCCUCGCUACCGCUCACCGUACAAGUACCACGACAUCGCCCUGCUAAAGACCGACCGACGGAUGCAACUGGAUCGCUGGGCAGUGCCCGCCUGCCUGGUCGCCGGCAGCCCCGUGGAUGACUCCGAGGUAUUGGUGACGGGGUGGGGCACCACGGUGUUCAGGGUGCUCCCCAACACCUUGCAGAAGGUGAUUCUGCCUCGGUACCCGGACAAAGAGUGCGUCGCCAAGAUGCGUGACGUUCGUCUGUUGCCGAGCGGACUGGACCCGGCCACGCAGAUGUGCUACGGAGACAAGAACACCAGGAAGGACUCUUGCCAUGGUGACAGCGGUGGGCCCGCCGUGGUGAAGCACCCGGAGGUCUCCUGUAUGUACCUGGUGAUAGGGGUCAUCUCCUGGGGCAGGCACUGCGGGGUUCCCAACCAGCCCGGCGUCUACACCCGGGUGGAGUAUUACUUGCCCUGGAUCGAAGGCAUUGUGUGGUAAUGUGCCUGAGGUCUGUGGCGCGCUAUGAAAAUGACAGUCAACGUGUUACCUCAAGAAUACCUCAUACAGAUAAUGUAGAUAUCAUAUAAGUUUGUUCUGACAUCUUUUGAUAAAAGAAAAACAACUAUUAACGAUCAACGAACCGAAGCCCUGACGCCGUCUGAUUGCCAUUGGCCACAAAAUACCCCUAUAUAACAAAAGAAUUAAGGACCACUAUAUAACAGAAGAAUUAAGGACCACUAUAUAACAGAAGAAUUAAGGACCACUAUAUAACAGAAGAAUUAAGGACCACUAUAUAACAGAAGAAUUUAGGACGCCUAUAACUGAAGAAUUUAGGACGACUAUAACAGAAGAAAUUAGGACCCCUUAGAGUUUAGAUUUAUAACUCUUGACUAUGACCCCAAGAAUGAAUGAAGUGAAAUUUCAUGAAAAUUAAGAAUUCUUGGGGUAGAAAAUCUUUAUUUGUAUAACAAUAAUAAAAAGAAGUUCCUUGUCACUGGUGACCUUAUUUGGUUAUUCGAGAAAAGCAAAUUUAUAGUAAAAAAAAAUAGACUUUUAUAUAGAGUAAAUUUUAGUUAACAGGUGCUUUAGUAGUUUAAGAAAUAGUUUACUCUAGAAGUAGUAAGUCUUCAUAUACAGGGUGUCCCGUAAAUAUUACAUACUUUACAAGGCGACAGCUGACACCAAAGCCUACUAAACUAACGUAAUAUAUGUUAGCCGAAUUUUUACGGUUUUAAGAUUGAUUUUUAAGCCUUCCUCGAUAAAUGGGCUAUCUAACACUGAAAGAAUUUUAAAAAUAAGAAGUUCCUGAGAUUAGCGCGUUCAAACAAACAAACUCUUCAGCUUUAUAAUAUUCUUAUGAUUAUUAUUUUUGACAUAUUUUUGACGGCCUCCGUGGCGUGGUGAAUUUAUUGACGGAGGUCCUGGGUUCGAUCCCUGGCUGGGCAGAUUGAGAUUUUCUUAAUUUGUCCAGGUCUGGCUGGUGGAAGGCUUCGGCCGUGGCUAGUUACUACCCUACCGGCAAAGACGUACCGCCGAUUUAGGUCCGGUACGAUGCCUUGCAGAAAUCGAAAGGAGUGUGGAUUUUCAUCCUCAACAAGUUAGCCCGCUUCCCUCUUAGACUGCAUCAUCACUUACCAUCAGGUGAGAUUGUCGUCAAGGGCUAACUUGUAAUGAAUAAAAAAAAAGUAUAUAUUUGUAUAUAUCUUACGAGUAUCGGGUAAGCUGGAGUUUUUGUU